AUGGGUGUGCUGGUUUCAGGCCCGAGCUUGGGGACGAGAAUGCCCGCAGCCAAGUUGAGGCUGCUCCCCUCUCGGAUUCCCAAGGCUGGUAGCAAGGAAGCAGCAGCAGUGAACCCAGCUCCUGUGAAGGAAGCAGCGUUGAUUGCUCCUGAUGGAGGCUUCAAGGCUCAUGAGGACGGGUCUGCAGCAGCAGAACAAGGCAUGCAGCAGCGGGAUGGGGUUGGGGAUGGGAUGUUUGAAGCGAGGGAUAUUCCUUCAAGUACAAUGGAUACUCUUCCAGGUGGAGGCGUCAAGGAGGCUUCAGUGGCACCACAGAGGAAGAGGCAGCAGGGGAGAGUGGGAGGUGGGGGAUGUGGAGUGAGGGAAGACUCUUCAGGAGCAGUAUUGGCUGCUGCUCGUCCUGGUGGGGGUCUCACGGAAGGGUCAGCAGCACAGCACAGUAAGACGCAGCAGAAGGGAGUAAGGGGUGGGAGAUGUGGAGUCAGGGAAGGCUCUUCAAGAGCAGUGUUGGCUGCUGCUCGUCCUGGUGGGGGUCUCAAGGAUGGGUCAGCAGCAGCACAACGGAGCAAGGGCCAGGAGGGUCGGGUUGGAGGCGCCAGAUCUGUGGGAAAGGAAGGUUCAGCAUCAGCAGUACCAGUAGCUUCACGAAUGUUGAGUGCGAGAUCUGUGGGGCAGGAAGUGGCUUUGAGAGUUUGGAUUGCUCAUCCUGGUGGAGCUGUAAGGGAAGCCUCUGCAUCAGCAGCACUGGGAAUAAGGCAGCAGGAAAUGGUGGGCUAA